AUGUUGUGUCCCUAUUCCCAGGUCUUUCACAAACUCAUCACCAAUGGCCACCGAUGCUUGCAACCUCUCUUCGAUUGUCUCAUAACGAUCAUUGCUAAUGUUUCUCCUUACCUGAAGACACUGUCCAUGGUGACCGCUAACAAAUUGAUUCAUUUGUUGGAGGCGUUUAGCCAGCCGCGCUUUCUCUACGCUGCUCCGACACAUUAUCAGUUAGUGUUCUUGUUGCUGGAGGUCUUCAACAACAUAAUUCAGUACCAAUUCGACGGCAACAGUAAUUUGGUGUAUACCCUCAUUCGGAACCGCCAGGUUUUCUACCAUUUAGCUAAUUUGCCCACGGACAAAGUCAGUAUCCAACGUAUUAUCAGUCGCCGUUCCGAGCUCGCUGAUAAAAGCUCUGCUCUGUCAACUCCACAAUCGUCACCAUCGCAUGUGUCAGCGACCUCAACUUCCAAGACACGAACCCAUAGUUCGGUCAACACACAACGUUCUACAGACACACCUGUUGCACAGCACUCGGAACGUGAACUGUCCGUGGAUAAUUCUUCGAACAAAUCAGUCCAGUUAUCGAAUUACGAUGAUUCAGUGAACGGCGAUCACAACGACAAAAGUGGCGCCCCACUUGAGUCACAGCCGCACACGUCUGUCGCCCCUCUGGAAGUUGGCGUCAUGACUGAUAAGCAACUAGCCGAUGCAGCGGAUGAAACAUCCAAAAACUUGAAAUCUCUUGACGGAAACAAUCAACCUCUGGAGAACGCCCUCGUAUCUCACUCUUCUCCAUCUCGCUUUGCUCGAUCGCAUUCGGACAGUAGCGCAGAUACGCCUCCAAAGGAUCGUUGGUCGAAAACCGCACACAAGCAUGGAUCGGGUUCGCUUGCACACCUCGGGCUAACUGCCCAUCAGAUAGGCGUCAACGGUGAUUCCGAUCCUCAAGGAAAGCGACCGAGUGUGCAUCAGCAUAUGGAACCCCAAACCCCGGAGCCACGCCCGUGUGCAUCGAGCAUUCAUAUGAAUCCGAAGACAGCUGACUCAUGCACAAGUCAUGUACCCGGUCAAUCUCUCAAAUCCUCCGAUUGCUCUAGCGAAUCAUUGUCUCCCAGUUCAGCGUGGGCAUCCGGAUGGAAGGCGAAGAUGCCGUUUCAAACGAUAAUGCGCUUGCUACAGGUAUUGGUACCGCAGGUGGAGAAAUUUUGCAUUGACAAGGGUUUAACAGAUGAAUCAGAAAUUGUGAAAUUUCUCCAAAACGGAACUUUGGUUGGCUUACUUCCUGUCCCGCAUCCGAUCUUGAUCCGCAAGUAUCAGUCAAACGCUGGGACUGCUGUUUGGUUCCGCAACUUCUUAUGGGGAGUCAUAUAUCUCAGAAAUCUGUCACCACCCAUUUGGUAUGACACCAAUGUGCGCCUGUUCGAAAUUCAACGCUCUUGAACGUACUUGGUGGCACAGGCUCCUGUCGGAUACUUUCUUACAUUCUACGUGUGCCCCUCACCAACUCGGCGUCCCAGUUUGUCUUCCCCAAUCAUGAUUGCACUGUUUGAAGAAUGCUGUCAAUCUUCUGAUAUUUUAGUGGUCUGCUCGCGAGUUCUGUGGGUUUCUUUUUGGUUAUCUGUUAUGUGGAAACCAUAAUUCGGCUUUGGGCGUCCCUUCAAUCGUGUUCUGUUUGUAUUCGUUUCGUGCUUUUUGUCUUUCAUUUCGCCAUGUACCCUCCCCAACCUGUGUUGUAUUAUCUCUCUGCCUUUGCGUUCUUGUUCUCCCCUCUCUGUGAUAUGUAACCAGUUGUUCAACGUUGUGGUUCACCUCUUUCUUUCUGCCGCUCGAUUGUGUGUUUC